AUGAUAAGGGCUUCGGGUUCACUACCUCUUCAGUCACAGCUACCUCUCUGCCUUCCACUAUUGCUUGAAGAAUGGAAAGUAAGAAAGCCACCCCACUUGCAAAAGAUCCCUUCAUCACUUAGGAAUACCUUGGAAUCAUACUUUUCUGAGUCGCAAAAACUUUCCAAAACACUUCUUGGGUUGAUGGCAAAGGCUCUACAGAUUGAUGAGGAAGAGGUAGACGAGAUGUUUGAAGAUGGGAUGCAAUCAGUGAGGAUGACUUAUUAUCUACCAUGUCCAAAACCAGAGCUGGUUAUUGGCUUUACACCGCACUCGGAAGCUUCUGGCAUCACUAUCCUUCUCCAAGUCAAUGGAGUGGAAGGCCUCCAAGUUAGAAAAGAUGGAUUUUGGCUCCCUACAAACUUCCUUCCUAGUGCCUUUAUGGUGAAUGUAGGAGACUUUGUAGAGAUCUUUAGCAAUGGUGUCUAUCGCAACAUUGAGCACAGGGUGACAGUAAAUCCAUUGGAAGAGAGGAUCUCUAUUGCUAUGUUUUUCAAUCCCAAAUUCCAAGCAAAGGUUGGACCUACAGCUCGUACUAUAAACCCAGAAAACCCACCAUUGUUCAAAAGGGUGGAGAUGGAGAAGUGUGUCAAAGAUUUCUACUCCCAUAAGCUCAAUGGAAAGUCAUUCUUAGAGCGAAUGCAAAUUGAAAUUGAUGGUGAUCAUGAACUUGCUCAACAAAUAAAAUGGUGUAAUAUAUUGAGGUUUGAAGUUAAAUUUUAUAAAAUUGUGUCUUGUUUAAUGUUGUUAUAAAUAAAAUGGUGUGAUCGAUGUAUAUUAUGGUUUGGAGUAUAUGUGUUGUAUAUAAGUCGUACCACAUUGCUGGUGGGAUAAUGUUGUUAUAAAUAAAAUUGUUUUAUGUACUUGUUGGUUUGGAGUUAAAUCUUGUAAAUGGUAUUAUGGUACCUCUUGUAUGUAAAGUUAUACUAGUCUCUAUUACAUUGAUGAAUUUUAUGG